UAAGAGCGGCUCGAGGAGAUGCAGCCCGAGCCACACGCGCACACCUUAUGUUUAUGUUAACGUUGGUUCGCACGAGAGUAAACAACGGCAACAGCAGCAGCGAAGUAAAGGACCUCGUUCAGGUCCAUACGGUCGCUGGACCGUGUUUUUCCCGGUUGUAGGGCACCGUUUUCCUCGCUGCCGGAGGAGAAACGCUGCGCAUUCCUCCACGCAGAGAGUCACAGAGGGAGACCAACCGACACCCUCAGCGGGGAGAGGAGAGCUGGACGCGGCCUCUUCGCAAGGUGGACCCGGGAAUUCACCCACGGAGGCUCUUGCUAGACGUCCCGUCUGAUGUGUUGGCUGUAUCGCAGACUCUGUGUGUUUGUUUUUGAUGCUCCAAUGACCCACGGCACGCUGUGAUAUCGUUGCUUUGAUGAAUAAUUUACGGUCUCGCUGUCCGAGGCUCGCGCUGCGACUACCAACCGACCGAUGGCUGCUGCGCCCGACGCCGUCUGAACGGGCCCCGAUGGUGGACUAGAGAGCGACACCACGACGAAGACACGGGCCUGAAGUGGAAAGCAGCAAAGGGAAAGAAAAUUAUAAAUUCUUGCAUACUCGUCAGGGUGUUGUGUUGUAGCGCAGAGCCCCGUAGUCAUGUUGCCGAGUCGAUGGGGGAGGAGAGACGGAGCCCCCACUAUCUCGACGCCGACCCAGUGUCACUCCAGAAAAACGCCUUACACAAGUGAUUUGUUAUGAUCUUAGCAGCAUAAGUAUUGUGUUGUAUUUGUUUUUUUUACCUCAGAAACAAUCUUUGAAGAACUGGCUACCUCCUUGUUUUGUAUCAGGUCAGACUUAUAUAAUACAGAGACAAAUCUGUAAGUCGAUGAGCACCGUUUUCACUGUUGAACUGACUUUAAUACCUCAUGAAUCUACCUCAAAUACAACUUUAUUUUCUAGACAACACAACGGGCCGAUGUGUCCCCAAAUGAAUACCUCAACCUCAUUGCUGCGCAUCUUGUAAACUUAGCCUGUGUUUCGGUAACGCUGCAGAUGGCUUCGUUUCCAGACUCGGACCUGCAGACUUGCCCGCUCUGCAAGGAGCUGUGCGGCUCCUCUGCUCCCAUUUCCUCCAGCUCUUCUACCUCGUCAUCUUCCUCACAUACCUCGUCCUCCUCCAGCCAGACUACCAGGAGGCUCCACGUCCUGCCCUGCCUCCAUGCCUUCUGCAGGCAGUGCCUAGAGGGCCAGCGAAGUCCCGGGGACCAGCUGAAGCUGCGGUGCCCCACCUGCGACCAGAAGGUGUCCAUCUCUGAGGCCGGUGUGGACUCCCUGCCUUCCUCCAACUUCCUCUUCAGCAACCUGCUGGACGUGGUGGUGGGCUCAGAGGAGCAGAUCCAGAACAAGAACGGCCACCAUCACCGGGGAGGCCUGGGUGGAGGCUCCUCCAGCUUCCAUCACCCUCAUGGAGGCCUGCUGCACCCUCACCACCUAGGAGAGCCUCAGUGCAGCUCCUGCGAUGAGGAGAACCCAGCCACCUCCCACUGCCUUGACUGCCAGGAGUAUCUGUGUGACAACUGUGUGCGGGCACACCAGCGGGUGCGGCUGACCAAGGACCACUUUAUCGAGUCCCUGGGAGAGAACCUCCACCUGGGCCGGAUGAAUGCCAACAGCAACUCUGGCCAACCAGGGGUGUCGGUCUCCCUCGCGCAGUCCCUGCAGAACAACUUUGCCCUGCUGUCCCUCUUCCAGGAUCGCAUGAGCUUCUGCCAACACCACGACAAUGAGGUAUUCCUGUUCUUCUGUGAAACCUGCUCGGUGCCUAUCUGCAGGGAGUGUAGCGUGGGCCGUCAUAUGGGCCACACCUUUGUUUAUCUACAAGACGCCGUACAGGACUGCAGGACCAUUACCAUCCAGCUGCUGUCAGAUGCGCAGCAGGGACGACAGGCCGUGCAGCUAAGCAUGGAGAAGGUCCAGGCCAUGGCAGAGCAGGUGGAGAUCAAAGCCAAGGUGGUGCAGACUGAAGUGAAGGCCCUUGUCCUCAGACACAAGAAGGCGCUGGAGGAGAGGGAGUGUGAACUACUGUGGAAGGUGGAGAAGAUCCGUCAGUUGAAGGCAAAGUCUCUGUACCUGCAGGUGGAGAAACUGCACCAGAGUCUGACCAAGCUGGACAGCACCAUUGCUGCUGUCAGCCAGGUGCUGGAUGAGGGCCACCACCUCGACGUGCUGCUGGCCAGGGAGCGAAUGCUCACCCAGAUCCAUGAACUCAAGGCUUUGAGGGGCCUACUGCAGCCCCAAGAGGAUGAUCGCUUCAUGUUUACUCCUCCAGACCAGGCACUGUACAUAGCCAUCCAGUCCAUGGGCCUCAUCAGCAGCGGAGCCUUCGCCCCAGUCACCAAAGCCCAUGGCGAGGGUCUAAAAACUGCGCUUCGUGGCAAGCCCGCCUCCUUCACUGUGAUUGGAUAUGACCAUGACGGUGAGCCACGUCUCUCUGGCGGAGAUACAAUGUCUGCGAUAGUCAUGUCAGUCACAGAUGGCAACCUGUCUGCAGCGGAGGUAACGGACCACCAGAAUGGCUCUUACACCGUCAGCUACCUGCCUAAAAGUGAGGGUGAGCACCUUGUGUCAGUGUUGGUGUGCAACCAGCACAUCCAGGGCAGCCCCUUCAAGGUGAUCGUGAAGUCAGGGCGGAGCUAUGGCUCCCUAGGCUCCCAAGUAUCUUCCUUCGGCUGCGAGGGAGAGGGAGAUGGUCAGCUGUGUCGUCCCUGGGGCAUCAGCGUGGACAAGGAGGGAUACGUGGUGGUGGCUGAUCGCAGCAACAACCGCAUACAGAUAUUCAAGCCUUGUGGUGCCUUCCACCAUAAGUUUGGCUCUCUGGGUUCCCGGCCGGGUCAGUUUGAUCGUCCAGCCGGGGUUGCAUGUGACAGUCAGAGACGAAUCAUUGUGGCUGAUAAGGACAAUCACCGUGUGCAGGUGUUUACUUUUGAGGGUCAGUUCCUGCUGAAGUUUGGGGAAAAGGGUACCAAGAAUGGGCAGUUCAACUAUCCCUGGGAUGUGGCUGUCAACUCUGAGGGUAAAAUCCUGGUCUCAGACACCAGGAAUCACCGUGUGCAGCUCUUUGCCCCUGAUGGCUCUUUCCUCAACAAGUAUGGCUUUGAGGGGGCCCUGUGGAAACACUUUGACUCUCCCAGAGGAGUGGCUUUUAACCACGAAGACCACCUGGUGGUGACCGACUUCAACAACCACCGGCUCCUGGUAAUCCGGCCGGACUGCCAGUCAGCUCGCUUUCUGGGCUCCGAGGGCACCGGGAACGGCCAGUUUCUGCGGCCCCAGGGCGUUGCCGUGGACCAGGAGAACCGCAUCAUCGUUGCGGACUCCCGUAACCACAGAGUCCAAGUGUUCGAGCCCAAUGGAAACUUCUUAUGCAAAUUUGGCACACAGGGGAGUGGCUUUGGACAGAUGGAUCGCCCCUCUGGUGUGGCUGUGACACCCGAUGGAGUCAUUGUGGUCGUUGACUUUGGAAAUAAUCGCAUCCUCAAGUUCUAAAAAAAAAAAAAAAAGUUUAUUUUUGCAUUCUCUCCCUCCGUUUACCCUUUUGCAGUUUUUUCAAUGAAGGAAAUGGAGGAGAGAGAAUGAAUCAACAGACACAACAGGAGGAGAGCACAGAGAGGAUUGAGAGCAUGUUGAAGCAAAGGGAAAUUAAAACUGUAAAUGAUAAUUUUUUCAUUUGCAUUGAUAUUCUCCCAAUCAGAUAUCUGUGGUAUGUAUGAUAAAGGGGACCUCUACAAAUUGAUAAUCAGUAGAAAAAGAGCCAUAUUUCCCUUCCUCUGUCUCAGCUGCUCUGAAUUCUCUCUCUAAGCUCUCCUUAAAUAUCCAUCUCAGGGAAUUUCUCACUUUUCUUGAAAUCUUGUACCCUCUGCUCCAUACCUACCUCAUUUAGCUCUUUAUGAAUGUACUCAUAGUCACUGAGCAGAGGUUUUAGUCCGUGAAGUUUUACAAAGAAGAAAAGUCUACCUCUAUACUUUGCUAUUUAAGAGAGACAAAAAAGAAUAGACUGUUCAGUUGAUAUUUGCACAGGAUUAAUGGAAUUCUUGCUGUGCAUUUUGAAAUAUGAGUUAAAGUUAACCUCCUGAAUGUUGUUGCUGAGACAAUACUCAGACCGCUGUAGAGGCUGCAUGAUUUAUUCUCAUUAGAGGGCUUCGCUCGGGGAGGAAACUAGGGUACAGUAGUGUCCUGUUCAUGUUUUUAGGCUACUUAGUUUUUUGUUUAUGCAUCAACGCUUGUCUCUUUGUGGCUUUGUGGAGCUCGUAGUGUCAUGACAGAUUAAGAAGAGUGCACAAAGCGUUGCCAAACUCGAUAGAAUCAAAAUUAGCCCAGGUUACGGUAGGACUGAUUAAAAUGAUCAGUACUUUUCAGACUCUUCCCUCUAGCUUUACUAGCAAAUGCUGAUUGGAUGAAUUUAUUGACAAGUAAAAAAUAUAGAGUUGAGGAAAUGAUCUCCAACGUGACCCCUGAAAUGAUCCCCAAAAUAAGCCCUGUAAUAAAAUAAUCCAAAGUGUUUGAUGAUCCAUACACCCCAGCCCCCAUUUGUGUUGCAUAAGACUGGAUGAAGUAAUGCUUCCGAUAAAACAAGACAACCUGUGUCGCUACUAUCCAGUCAGUUGCAUGCACAACUAAGAUGCAAAGAUCAGUAUGCAAGGAAAGCAGCGUCUCCUUCAAAAGGGAGGACCCACACAAGGAUUUUGGAGAUGGAUUUUCUAAGGUCUGGAUCUAUUAGUGAUUUUAAUGUAAAGAUUUAAUCAUGUAAUUGAAUGACACCUUUUUGGUGAGGUAUGCUGUGUGACAAAAGCCUCACAAGUAGACUCCUAAUUUGGUUGUCCAGAGGACAUUAAUGACAUCAAAUGAAAGGCCUAACAUUACAACCCUUUGGAUUUAGAUUGUGGUUAAAAGACACCCCCUCUGGCUCGUGGGGCCUAGGGUUUAGUCCAAUCCAAUGAGAGGGUGUGAUCAUAAAGCCCUGCCCUAUUUAUUGUUCCUUGGGAGUUGAAGAGACCACUCCUGAUUGAGCGCUAGUAGACCAAUUCCUCUAAAGACGGAGGUCUAUAGACCAAUUACUGGAGUCAAAAGUUAGUGGAGCCAAAGUUAGAAUUUCUGCACAAUGGCCAACCGUAGAUUUGGCAAUUAAAGAAAACAAAAAAAGCCCCUUUAAAACAUUAUCUGAAAUAAUCAUUGUUGCUGGGAAGUCUAAAGUUCAUAGAACUCAUGGAGUUGAGUUCAUAGCACUGUCCAUAUUAGGAUUAGAGUAAUAAAGUGUGCUUGGGUCGCAUUUUAUUGUGCAUGAGUACUUUCACAUCCUGCUAAUACCAAGGCCCUUGUUAUGUGAGGCAGGUUUUGAAAGAAGAUCCUUUUCGUCCGUCUGCAGGGAUGUUCGUGUAGAGAACAGAAAAUACCCACACCAAAGAGAACCCCUUUUGUAUCCCUCGCAUUUAUCGCCUCAGCCCAUCAAACGUUGCCCCAUGUUUAGUGUUAUUAGACGGCCCCUAAGCUCCAAGUAGCAUCUCAGAUUAGCCUUUGUAUCCCAAUCUAAUUACCAUAGAAACUAAUUGAUAUUAACUCUUUGUGGUGAAGGCAUUGUGGGGUUUUAAAUCCCCUUGCCCUUCGUUCAAUCUGUGUCCCACUGGAAGCACUAGCCAAUUAAGGUUCUGUUAGCCACUUCCUUAGCCUAGCAAAGAAUCUUGGGACCUAUGGAAAGAUUCUCUGACUGACUCUCACCUCUGAGGAGAGGGCCCGUCUGCACAUGAUCAGGAUUUACAUCGUCAUAUCUCAGAUAUCCUGUACCUCAGCCGUCAUUUUAUCUCCUUUCUCGUGUACCUUAACUCCUGAAUACCUCAAAUAUGUCACUCAUUGCUACUGUGCAUUUAAACAUUCAUAUACCUCAACUUGUUACUCAUUCUGAAUACCUCAUUUUUACUCUUUUAUUUAAGCAUACCUUGUCAGAUAUUUAUGCAUUACAAAGAUACCUCAUUCUGUGAAUCUUCUCGUGUUACAGUACAUUAAAUGUCCCAUAGCUCUUGGACCAAAGAUCAUGGUACUGUUUUGAGUUGAAAUUAAAUCUGUAUUAUGAUCAUCGCUCCAUCUUCCAACCCUCUACUGUAAAUUGCCUGGUAGUCUAUGCCUUUUAUCACCAAGAAACCAAAUAUUUCAGAUGAAAGCAUUGUGCCAAAAUGAUCUGUGAGAGUUCUGUGCCAAACAGGGUUGGCAUUUGGACCACGCUGUUGUAGACGACAAAUGUCACUGGACCAUUAUAUCAUAGAUACAAAUGUUAAAUCAGAGCACCUGAGAAUAAAUCCUCGCUCUCUGAAUGGAUGCACUUAAGAGGGCUGGGCCCCAUUUAUCUUUACCUCAUGAUAAUGAUGAACAUGCAGAUUCCACUUUUACUUAGUUACUGUGCGCAAGGGGUGAGGGGAAGAGGAUGUGGCCUCUUUAAAAGAGUUAAGAACUUCACAAAUCCGCCUUUGAAUGCACAAGAAUUACCUCUAAUUUCAGCACAAUUUACCAAGAUUUCAGUGUGGAUUUUAGGAAGCUUGAAGUUGGUUGUGGAGGACCUUGAGACAAGUAUAAACUCAACCAUUCGGACUGUUAAACAAACACAUCAGAGGAUUGCGCCUAACGCGUGACAACCGGCUGGUUUAUUAUUUAAGUGGAGCAUUUAGCACAUUGAUGGCGAGCCAGUUUGAUUCCAAACACCCUGCUGCUUUGAACCCAACACCUAGUUUUUUGCUUUUCAGUAUUACUCUGUGAAAUGUUCAUUCAUGUUGCAUCAGUUUUUUUUUUUAUUAAGAUUGCAGAAUUCUAUCUUUAAGAUCCUUAGGUCUUCACUCUUAAAGAGGAAAAUGUAUUUUAAACCUUUAUUUGUUUUUCAUUUUGUUGCAUGCUUUAAAAAGUCCUUGUAUUAUAUUGACGUCUCUCAGAUAGGUGUUUCAAAACUCAGAUGGGGUGGGUAGCUGACUAUUGGGAUGGUUUUUACCAAAAUAUAUACCCAAAGAUGUGUAUGUGUGUUAGGAUUGCGUUGAAUGGAAUUAACCUUUGACCUUUGCGAUUGUAUUUCCUGUUCUCAAGAGGCUCUGCAGAGCACACCCUGUUCAGACAGUCAUACCUCGAUUCCUGACAAACCAAUAGAGGUUUGAGUUUUCAGAUAAAUGUGGAAGGCUGGUGGGCCCCUGGACCAUCAGUGCUUCAUUUUCUUUAACUCCCUCUAAUAUGCAUAAUGUGAGUAGACAUGUUAACAUUCACACUCAAGCCCUGUAACUUUAGGAAGCUGUGAAAGCUUCCUGCUGAGUGUUACCUUACCAACAAUGAUGAAUCCAUAUGGUGGCCAUUUUGUGUUUGACCUAGUAAUAGGAACUCUGUCACUGUCCUGUGAGGAGCAGCUAGGUUUCUCCAUCACAAACUAGCAAUCAGCUCCUUUCCUUGUCUUUACAAGAAUCCAGGAAGUUUGGUGAUGGCUGCUGAGCAUGUGAUUGGUUGACUGCACUCUUGCUCAGCGAGGUUUUUUGUUUUGUUGUUUGUUUUUUAGGGCCCAUGUGGUUUUUGUCCACCAUUUUAUUUCUGGCCUCUCGUGGCUUUAAGAGAGAAAAAGCAAAGCUGCACCAGGUGACGUGUGCAAAGGUCGUAGACCUCCUUUUAAUGAUUGUAUACUCUAAAGAAAGAAAGAAAAGAAAGAAAAAAAGGUUGGAAAAUUUGGAAAGGAAAAAAAAAUAAAACUCAGGUAGUUCUCAGCAGCCCUGCCCUGCAGGUGUCUCAUUGAAACGUGUCCCGUAGUGAUGAUGUAGUGACUCCCCCCCCCGUUAUGACCUCUCCGUACUAGUCUGAUUCUGUGUAGCCAUUUACAUAUUAUAAGCAAAUUAUUUCUAAAUCUGAAACAAUAAGGCUUUUGGUUAGUUCCCACUGAUUAAUCUGUUGUUUUUUUGUUUGUUUGUUUUUUGCCAAUUUUUGAUUUCUUUCACAAAACAGUACAAAUACUUCUCACCACUUGAUGCUCAUUGGCCCUUUUAGAAUGUAUUUUGUGAAGAAAAGGGUUAAAUGGGAUCUUGUUGAUGCUCACUCGCUACAACCGGCUGCUGGUACCAUUACGAGACUACAGAAAAUACUCAACUUCUCUCUUAACCUUUGGUGCUAAAUGUUCCACAUCAGCAAUACUUAGAGUAUUAGGUGGAAUCAUGUGGUUGUAGUGGAACACGCAGCACCGUGUUUAUUUAAAAAAAAAACAGCUUUAACGUCAGAUGUAGGGGUGUUUGGCCCGAGCACGUAACAGCCAGCUCAUCAAAGUCAGUUUGCAUUCUGUUCUCCCAGCAGCUGCUUGUGUGUGGAGUGGGUAUUGUGUUUGUGCGCCGCAUCUGUGUUAAGCAGAAAUCCACUGAAUGUAUCCUCUAACAGUCCAAGAGGCAGAGUGAGCCGGUGGCCAGCUGAGUUUAGAUGGGUGCUGCUGGUGCUUCCUCAGCCAGGCCGCUGUGUGUGUGUGUGUUUAUCAGUCAAACCUUGUGUGUUUGUGUGUAAGUGUGUUUGUGUGUAAGUGUGUGUGUGUGUGUGUGUGUUUGCCAGCACACCUUCCCUCCCUCUUAACACACACUCACACAUCGUGCUGAGUUUAAGUGCAGAUGUCAGGUCUUCAGUCUAAAUAAGGCAGAGUAGACUAUAAUAUAUUGGCCACCUGCUUCUCUCUCUGUACUCUGUGGACUUUAAACAUUUCCUAUGCAGUUUUUUUGUUUGCUUUUUUUGUUUACACUUAAAUAAAUAAAGUUGUAUUUCUUUGACUUCAAAA